UUGCAAUCAAACCUGGGAUGUAAGCGUCGAAUCGCUAAACGAGACGCAACAGUAGUUCAUUACAACUUCGCGAUAACAAACGUUCCCGCGCCGGUUCUAUCAAAAUGUACAUCCUAAAUACGUUAAUUUUACUCUCCAUUUCCGCCGUUCUUUAUGUUUACUGGUACUUUAAAAAAGCGCAUAAGUUUUUCGAUCAAUAUAAUAUUCCAUAUCCUAAACCACAUUGGUUUUUUGGCAACAUGAAAGAUAUGAUCAUGAGGAAAAGAACAAUGUGGGAUGCCUAUACAGAUGUAUAUAACGAACACCCAUCGGACAGAUUCGUCGGAGUGUACACCUUACACAGACCAGGUGUUCUGAUACGAGAUCCAGAAUUAGUUAAGGCUGUUUUAGUGAAAGAUUUUUCACAUUUUCACGAUCGAGGAUUUCCUGUAAAUAAGGAGGCCGAACCGAUGUCGAUGAAUUUACUUAACAUGGCAGGUGACGAAUGGAGAAAUCUAAGAAUAAAGCUGACAAGUACUUUUACCAGUGGUAAAAUGAAAUUGAUGUUUCCGUUGUUGAAAAAAUGUGCCGAAGACAUCAAACCGGUGCUGACCAAACACUACCAAGAUCGCGAGGAUUUCGAGGCGAAAGACUUCUGCGCAAGAUACGCGACAGACGUGAUAGGCUGUUGUGCUUUUGGAGUAGAUACACAUUCGGUAAAAGAUCCUAACUCAGAAUUUCGCCAAGUGGGCAGACGUAUUUUCAAACCAAGAUGGCAGAUGUUUCUUAGAAUGUUUUUCCCAAACAUUCCGACAUCGAUAAUAAAACGCUUGAAAUUACAAUUUUUCGACGAGGGAACUAGUCAUUAUUUCGGGAAAAUCGUCAAAGACAUGGUCAAGUACAGAGAAGAAAACAACAUCACUCGAGGUGAUUUCCUAGACUUACUCAUUGCCAUGAAAAAUCACAAAAAACUGGAAAAACUCAAAGAUCAGCAAGCCGAAGCUGACUUGGCUAAAUUUAUGGCUCAAAUAGGCAACAAAAAAACAAUCAAAAGUGAUGUGGAAAUGUCCAUCGAAUUAAUGGCCGCUCAAUGUUUCAUAUUUUUCCUGGCAGGAUUCGAAGGUGCUUCUAAUACAUUAAUGUUCACUUUAUUCGCGUUAGCUCAAAAUCCACAUAUUCAAAGUAAACUCCGUAAAGAAAUACUAUCCGCUUUAGAAAGUAACGGAGGCGAAUUCUCAUACGAGAUGAUGAAAAACAUCCCGUACCUGGAAAUGAUUAUCGAUGAAACUUUAAGAAAAUUUUCUCCCGGAUCGCUCCUGUUUCGGACAUGUACAGAAAAUUACAAAAUCCCUGAUUCGAAUGCGGUAAUCAAAAAAGGAACCCAAGUAAUAAUUCCUACAGCAGCACUACACACUGAUAAAGAAUAUUUCGAAAAACCACACGAAUUCUAUCCCGAGCAUUUCUCCGCCGAAGCGAAACUCAAUCGUCAUCAUUUUGCAUUUCUACCGUUUGGCGAAGGCCCUCGAGUUUGCAUUGCUGAAAGAUUUGGAAGAAUGCAAAUUAUCGUGGGAUUAAUUUACUUAUUGAAGGAUUUCUCGUUCCAUCUAUCGCCUAAGACAAAGAUACCAUUAGAAUAUGAAACUGGAACAAUGGCCAUAAAAGGAGGAAUUUGGUUGAAAUGUCAGCCAUUGUAAUCUUUGAGCAGAUUUUCAGACUGUUUAUUUAAUUUUCUUUGAUCAUUUAUGUAAUCAUUUUUGUAAUUUUUGUCAAAAUGUAUUGCACCUAAGUACAAGUAAGUACUUAUAUAAAAUAUUGGUCUAACCUUAAAUAUUUUUUAUUCGUUCAAUUACGGAAAGUCAAUUAUUGCCAGGUACCCUUUUAAAAAAUAAAUUCUCAGAAUUA